AUGCAUUCAUCCUUUUCAAACAAUCUUUUAUAUCUUCAAGGAAUAUUAAAGAGCACUCCAGCAAAGCAAUUACAGCUGUUGUUUGCUAAUACCUGUCGUGUUACUAACGAUAUCAUUCUUAAAGAAAUUGAUGCAGAGCUUGAAACAUGUGCAGAUCUUCAGAGAAGAAAUACUCUGAUGGAUUCACAUUCUGACUUAGUAGAACUUAUUGCACUUUUGACUGAAAAUGAAACAACUUCGGUGACGGGACAAGAUUUUAAUGAAACUCAUACGAGCAGUGACGUGCAAGAUUCUAGUCAAUUAAUUGAAAUGCACUGUCUUGCACUGUACAAUCGAACUAUUGAUCGUGCGGUGCAUUUCCACGACGCUGUCAUUUUAGAUUUUGUUGAAGAUUCAAGUGAAGAAGAUGACCUCAAGGUCAAAGUAUUAUAUGGUCAUCCUCCAGAAGCAGCAAUGAGACCUUGCGAAUAUUUUCUUAAUGAUCGUUGUAAUGUCACUUUUCGCAUGAAUGGUAAGAGAAAACUCACUUGUACUUGUAUUGGGUGAAAAUAAAUUAUGGAGCAGUGCUCGAGUUACUGUAAUGGAUGGUGAGAAAUUGGCAGUUCUUACCGGUUAUUGCUUACCGGGAAAGGAAUUGCUGUGAAUCCUAAUAAGAUUUAUCCAAUCCCGGAACUAGCUAAUGACGACGAAGAUGAAGCUGCUACGAAUGAUUGA